AUGCCCAGUAUUUAUUCUGAUGAGCUCACCAUGGCCCUUGCUGCUGGAAAGUGGUGGGCGAUGGUGGAAAUUGCAUUCCCUAUAUCCGAGGAGCCCGAGUAUGGGGGCAUGUGGGGGGAUUUAGUGGAGGCUCAAGACACUUCAUGCCCCACAUCCCUGGUCUUCAGUGAUGCAUCUGAGAAGGCCCAGAGAAGGUCCAAGCACUCUGGCUUCUCAGAUGCAACACGGAAGACCAGAAAGCGGUCAAGGCAGAAGAUUGCUCAGGGAGGACCUGUCCCUGCCAGGUCCAAACAGGGAGCAUCUGUGCCUGAUGGGUCCCCACAUGGGACACCUGUGGCUGCUCCAAAGGCACCUCCACAAAAACUAUAUGUGGAAACUGACAACCUAAAUGAAAAGACGAAGCAGCAGAACUUUAAUCUUGAGAGCCACAACCAUCAAGUUUCUCGGAGGAGACCGGAAAUUCGGAGCAGCCUUCGGCGUGGGUCCCAGCUGAGCCGCAAAAAAUCAUCGGACAAUGCAGGUGUGGAUCCUAAAUGUGUGCUGGUGCAUUCGGGGACCCCACAGGUAGCACCCGUGCCUGAUGGGUCCCCACAUGGGACACCCGUGGCUGCUCCAAAGGUGCUAUAUGUGGAAACUAACAACCUAAAUGAAAAGACACAGCAGCAGAACUUUAAUCUGGAGAGCCACAACCAUCAAGCUUCUCGGAGGAGACCAGAAAUUCGGAGCAGCCUUCGGCGUGGGUCCCAGCUGAGCCGCAAAAAAACAUCGGACAAUGCAGGUGUGGACCCUAAAGGUGUGCCGGUGCAUUCUGGGACCCCACAGGGAGCACCCGUGCCUGAUGGGUCCCCACAUGGGACACCUGUGGCUGCUCCAAAGGACAAUGUAGGUCUGUGUCAGGCACCUCCACAAAAACUAUAUGUGGAAACUGACAACCUAAAUGAAAAGACGCAGCAGCAGAACUUUAAUCUGGAGAGCCACAACCAUCAAGCUUCUCGGAGGAGACCGGAAAUUCGGAGCAGCCUUCGGCGUGGGUCCCAGCUGAGCCGCAAAAAAACAUUGGACAAUGCAGUUGUGGACCCAAAAGGUGUGCCGGUGCAUUCAGGGACCCCACAGGUAGCACCCGUGCCUGAUGGGUCCCCACAUGGGACACCUGUGGCUGCUCCAAAGGUGCUCUAUGUUGAAAAUGACAACCUAAAUGAAAAAACGCAGCAACAGAACUUUAAUCUGGAGAGCCACAACCAUCAAGCUUCUCGGUGGACACCGGAAAUUCGGAGCAGCCUUUGGUGUGGGUCCCAGCUGAGCCGGAAAAGAGCAUUGGACAAUGCAGGUGUGGACCAGUCACCCCCACAAAAAAAGCAGCGCAUGGCAAUCGAAGUCAAGGCCCAACAGUCAGAGCAAGGCAGCUUAGCGCAAAUGGACCAUUUAUGUAGCAUGUUCACAAAGUUUUGUAUAAUUUCAAAUAUUUAAUAUUUAUAAUAUUGGUGGUGGUGAAGUGGUGUG